AUGUGCUCCUUCUUCAAGACGCUGAUCGACGUCGAGAUCACCGUCGAGCUCAAGAACAGCAUCCAGAUCCGCGGCACCCUCAAGAGCGUCGACCAGUACCUUAACCUCAAGCUCGACGACAUAUCCGUCGUGGAGGAUAUCAAAUAUCCGCAUCUGAGCGCCGUCAAGAAUGUCUUUAUCCGUGGAAGCGUAGUCAGGUAUAUCCACCUGCCCGCUUCCCACGUCGACGUCCCGCUUCUGGAGGACGCGACGAGGAGGGAGGCGGCUUCUACGGCGGCGAAGCGUUAA